CCGGCUGCGCUACUCAUAAGCUCGCGCCUCGACGCAUCUGGUGUCGCUACGGUUCUACCCCCGCGAACUCACACAGCGAUGCGGACGGCCCUCUUCGCCCUUCUGGCUGCUGCCUCGAGUGUCGUUGCUGCAGACAAGAGCAUCGAGGUCUCGUUCAGCCCGAAAGACCUCCCAGAGAAGGCCGCGUCUUGCAAAGCGCUUAAUCGUGCCACCAGCGAGCUGAAGGACAUUGACAUUCAUUAUGUGGAGGUGAAUCCGGAGGCGGAGCGUACGAUAUUGAUGGUGCAUGGGUGGCCGAGUCUUUGGCACAGCUGGAAGUACCAGAUCGAGCAGUUCAAGAAUGACUACCAUAUCAUUGCGCCCAGCAUCAGAGGCUUCGGCGCGUCAGGCCACCCAGGCGACGUAAAGUCAUCGGGAAACUGGGCCGACAUCGUCGGUGACCUUGUCUGCGUGCUCGAGCAUGCCGGCGUGUCCAACGCAAUCUGCAUGGGCCACGACUGGGGCAGCCCGCUCUGCUUCCAAGCCGCACGCCAGCGCCCCGACAUAUUCACGGCCGUCAUCGGCGCGGCCGUGCCGUACCUUCCGUUCAACGCCCCGUCCUUCAGCCCCACCUCCGCGCUGGUCCCUUACUUUCCUCACCUCGCGUACCAGGUCUUCCUCGGGGAGACGCCAGAGCUCGCGCGCGAGGAGCUCGACGCGGAUAUCCGUCGCACCCUGAGGGCGACGCUGAGGAACAGGAUCGACCCGCCACCGAAGGAGUUCUUGACGGAUACGAAGAGCUUCCUGGGUGUGUAUAAGGAUGUGAAGGAGAUUGGGCCUAUCCCGUUCUUCACGCCGGAGGAAGAGGAUUACUGGGUUGAACAGUACAGCAUACAUGGUUUCAAGAACACCUUGCAAUUCUAUUCACCCGACAACCAAAAGGGCUCGUGGGAGUUCAUCCACGCACAGGCAAACUACACCAUCCCUCAGCCAGUCCUCAUGAUCCUGCCCGAGGCUGACCCCGUUGCUGACUGGGCCCACGUACUCAAACUUCUCGGGGGCGCCGAUUUCCUGCCGAACUCCGUCGUGCAGAUGAUGCCCGGUGGACACUGGUUGCAGCUAGAGUACCCCGCGACGUUCAACCACUUCGCCAAGAAGUGGCUUGAUAACCUCCCUGCGGCGGAGGCUGCCGUAGAGCCGGAGUUGAGAGUACAGCAAGUCGAAGACACAACGACACACGGGCGGCCUGUCGACGAGCUGUGAAGCCGCGGGAUAUUUACCUCGAUAA